UGCUGGUGCUGCUGUUCAGGGGGGUCACAGUGGGCGUGGCCACGUGGCCCUUCCUGGAGGAGCCGACCAAUGGGAGCGCGGUGCUGGGCGGGGGGGCGGAGCUUCGCUGCGCCGUGCGGGGGGGCGGGGCCGUGCAGUGGGCGCGGGACGGGCUCCUAUUGGGCCAAUUGCCCGGCCCCGCCCACCCCCGCUACCGAUUGGCUGGAGACCCGAAGAAAGGGCAGCACCACCUGCUGAUCUCGCGCGUGUCCCUGGAUGACGACGCCGAGUUCCAGUGCCAGGUGGGGGAGGGGAACGGAACCGCCCCCCGCGGGUCCCGCCCCGCCCAGCUCACCGUGCUGGUGCCGCCGGGGCCGCCGCAAUUGGCGCUGCCGCCGGGGGCGGAGCUUCCGUGGGUGGGCGGGGCCGAGGUGCACGUGACCUGCCACGCCCCCCCCGCGCGCCCUCCCGCGCAAAUCAGCCUGACGCUGGGGGGGCAGCUGUUGACCGACGUCACCACCCGCGUCCUGGAGACUUCGCACCCCAAACUGGGAUCCAGUGAGGCCACCGCCCGCCUGACCCCCCAGCCGGACGCCCACGGGCAAGAACUCGUUUGCGCGGCCGCUAACGAGGCCGGAGCCGCCCCCACCGAGGCCAGAAUGACCCUGGAGGUGCUGUUUCCCCCCAGCCCCCCCCAGAUCCAGGGGCUGGAGUCCCCCCAGGUGAGGGCGGGGGAGACGCUGCGAUUGGUCUGUGAGAGCCGGGGGGGGAACCCGCCCCCCAGUCUGCACUGGGAGAAGGCCGGGGUCCCCCAGGCGGGUUCGUGGGUGACCGAGGGUCCCCCCCGGGUGACCCGGAGCCGUUUGACCUUGACCGUGACCCCGGGGGACGACGGGGUCACCCUGAGCUGCCACUCGCGCUCCCCGGCCCGGCCUGCGGGGGACAGCGCCAGCGUCACCCUCAGCGUCACCUACCCCCCGGCCGAGGUGACGAUCGUGGGGACGCCGUCGGUGGCCGAGAACGCGACGGUGACGCUGUCGUGCACCAGUGCUCCCAGUAACCCCCCAGUACGGCUGCGCUGGUGGCUGGGGGGGCAGGAGCUGCUGCCCAGUGACACCGCCCGCAUCCCAGCCGAGGGGCGGGGCGUGAUGACGCAAUCGAACGUGACGCUGCGGGGGCGGGGCCGCGACCACGGGCGCCCCCUGGAGUGCGAGGCUGAGAGUGCGGCCGGGGCGGGAACCCGGAGCGCCAGCGUGGUGCUGAGCGUCACCCAUCCCCCCCGGGAGCUGUGGCUGGACGCCCCUCCCCCCAACGCCACGUUCCGCGCGGGAACGCGCGUGCGGCUGCGGUGUCACGCGCGGGGGGGGCACCCCUCCCCCCGCCUCACCUGGAGCAAGGACGGGCGGCCGCUGAAGGAAGGGACCCAGGUGUCCGGGGGGUCGGUGACAUCACGGGAGCUGCUGGUGACAUUGACCCCCGGUGACAACGGCGCCACCUACAGCUGCCAGGCCAGCGGGGGCGGCCCCUCCCCCGCCAGCACCCGCCUGCGCGUCCUCUUCCCCCCGGUGUCGGUGACGAUCUCGUCGUCCCCGCGGGACGUCCGGCCUGGCCACGCCCUCCAGCUCACCUGCCUGGCUGGCCCCGCCCACCCCGGCCCCGCCCUCCGCUGGCUGCGCCAGGGACACCCGGUCCCCGGGCAGCCCCUCCCCUCUGUCCCCGCCCCCUUUGGCGGUGUCACCGUGGGCUCCCGCCUGCGCCUCCUGGUGGCCCUUGGGGACCAUGGCCAGCGCGUCACCUGCGAGGCCACCAGCCCCGCCCUGGGGGUGGCCGUGAGCGCCCAGCACACCCUGAGCCUGCGCCACCCCCCGCAGGUGUCGGGGGGGUCGGUGGUGGCCCGCGAGGGGGGAGGGGCGGAGCUACAGCUGGGCGUGGUCGCCCAUCCCCCCCCCGACAGCUGCCAGUGGAGCCGGAGCGGCCACGCCCUCCAAACUGGCCCCCCCUGGCGGCUCCGCCUGCUCCCUGAUUGGUCGCUGGCCAUCGUCAACGUGACGCGCGGGGACGGCGGCGCCUAUGGGGUGGGGUGUGAGAACAGCGAGGGGAGCGGGCACGGGGUGUUCCACCUCCACGUGCACUACCCCCCGGCCAUCGUGCGCGUCCCCGACCCCGUGGUGGUGACCGAGGGGGAGGGGGCGGAGCUUCAGUGUCACGUGACCGGGAACCCCCUGCCCGAGGACAGCGUGACGUGGGGACGGCUGGUGGGGGAGGGGCGCGAGGGGCUCCCGGGGGGGCUGCUCCCCGAAGGCUCCGCCCCCUUGUGGCGCCUGCGGGUCCCGGGGGCGCGGAGGGACAUGGGGGGACCCUACGAGUGUCACGUGGACACGGGGGUGCCCCCCCCGGCCAGGGCCAUCGCCAGGCUGGUCGUCAGAUAUGGCCCCGAGCUGGAGGCGGAGCCGGGGCUGGGGGCGGGGCCUGUGGGCGUGGUGGUGCCGGCGGGGGCGGAGUCAGCGGAGCUGCGGUGCCGCGCCCAGGGCGUGCCCGGGGUGGACAUCCAAUGGGAGCAGAGGGGCCGUCCCCUGCAGGACAGUAGGUUCCAGCAGCACCAGUGGCGCGAUGGCCCCUGGACCAGUAGCGUCCUGACGGUGGCCAACGUCAGCCAGGAUCGGGCCCGCCUGCGCUCCCAGUGCCUCAACUGGGACCAGUUUGGGUCCCGGCGUCGAUACCAGUAUGGGAACUGGGACCAGUUAGAGGAGCCGGAUUCAAACUGGACUCUCGGCACCUUCGUCUGCGUCGCCCGGAACCAACUGGGAAGCGUCCGGCGCCACCUCCGGCUUCAACUGGGAGAGCCCCCGGACCCCCCCCGCUCCGUGUGGGUGGUGGGCGUGGCCUCCACGGCGGUGGGCGUGGCCUGGAGACCCGGCUGCCACUGGGGGGCACCCCAGAGCUUCCUGGUCAGCGUGAGCGGCCCCGAGGCCCCGCCCCCCGCUCUCCUGGUUUCCGGUUCCGCCCUGACGCUGCGAGGCCUCCGCCCGGCCACGCCCUAUGACGUCAGCGUGCGCGCGCGCAACGAGCGCGGCGAGAGCGCCCCCGUGCGGAUCCGCGUCGUCACUUCCGCGCUGCCCCGUGAUUGGCCGGAGCCGCCCGUGGGGGGGGAGGAGCCAACGUUGCCGCCUGCAGCCUUUGCGGCCCCUCCCGCCCUCCUGGGGGCUCUGGGGGCACUUGGGGGGCUGUUGGUGGGGGGAGGGGCCGCCCUGUGGGGGGCGCUGAGGAGGAGACGGAGGGACCCAGGCGUCCGGGGGGACCCAGGAGUUCGGGAAGGACCCAGGAAUUCGGGAGGGGACCCAGGAGUUCGGGCCAAAGGAGGGGUCACCAAUGAGUACAGCCUGGAGCUGAGCUCAUUGUCCUCGUGGGCGUCACCCGCUGGCCCCUCCCCCCCGUGGGACCCCGCCCUGGGUGACCCCCACCCCUACGAUGACGUCACCGAAUGGGGAGAAUACGAGGAGGUCUCCGCCCCCCCCGCUGUCCCAUUCACCCUCCAGGGGGCGCUGGUGUGACCCCGAGGCCCCGCCCCCCCCCAAUAAACCUGCGUGUUCAUUGGC